CUCGUCCCGCCCAGCACAGACUGCCCGCCCGCCACCGCCGGGGCCUCUGGUGUCGGCGAGCGUCGCGGCGAUGGGCUGGCCAUGCUAUCCUCCGCCGUUCGCGCUGUUCGCGACGGUCGCCAGCUCUGUUAUCGCCGCGCGUCAACGUGUGUCCAACGGUGACGGCCCGUCGCUCGACGCAACUCACACACUGGCGCGCCGGAGCUUCUGGGCUUCCAGUCGCCCGGCAAGUGCAAGAAGGCGUCGGCCAUGGCCCAUGACAGCACUUACCCCGAGAUUAUGGCAGGCCUGCUGGAUCAGACCGAGCGCGUCCUGCAGUGCUGCAUGCACACUGCACAUCCACGCGAUCGUCGAGCCCAGACAGGAAAAGCGCCUUUCUUGCCGUAAAUUGGCAUGAUCACUGCAGAGUGCAGCUGGCAUGCCGGUGACAUCUGGGUGACAUGCAUCGACUUUGCCGGAGGAGGCUACGCACGAUCUGAUCUCGCCCGGCCCGCCCGCCACUCUUGGCGCGCCUCCCGCCCUCCGCGUGCGAUGUUCGACUUUCAACAUGGCCACGGCCGCAUCGACGAGUCGGUGGAUCCGAGUCCCCUCAUAUUCGGAGUGCUUAUGACGCACAUACCCACUUCACAGAUGUCUUUG